AUGUCGAACUCAGCACGGCUAACCGAGGCCGCGGAGUGCGAGCGAAAAGCUGCGGAAUGUUUAAAGACGUCUGUAUUGAAAUUGAAGCUGAAACCUGAUUUCGAUGGAGCAGCGACAGCCUUGGAGCGUGCCUCAGUAUGCUACCGCAAUGCUGGAGAACCUAAGAAGGCAGCAAAAUCAUUACUAGAUGCUGCUAAGCACUACGAGCAACUUGGGAAUAUUUUUCAUGCUGGAAAGGCUCAUGAAGGUGCUGCAAUGCUUCUAAGAGAUGCUGGUGAUACAGCGGCGGCAUUUCCUCUUUUUGAGAAAGCCAUAGACCAAUACGCUGAGUCAGGCAGUCUGGACACAGCAGCAAUGACUGUUGAGAAAGCAGCAAAAGUGAUUAUCCUUCAAGAGCCUGAGCAAGCAAUCAAGUUGUACCAGAAGGGAUUAGCGCUUGUGCAGCAGUCGGACCGCUCAAAGAUGGCUGGAGAGUUCCUGAGUCAAAUAACUCGCCUGAACCUAAGAUUAGAGCGAUACAACGAGGCGGCAGCGGCGAUACGUGAUGAGAUCGAGAAAUACGUCGAAGUUAAAGAAUCUGGACGUAUCGGACAACUUGCCAUUGCUCUUGUUCUGGUAAAACUAGCACUCUCAGAUUCGGUGGCAGCUGCAAAAUGUUACCAAUGGGUUAUAGAACAUUGCGCGGAGUUUGAGUUCACUGAUGAUGCCAGAGCCUGUCGUCAACUUAUUGGUACAUACGAAAGCGGAGAUGACGAACAAUUCCAGAAUGUUUUGAAAGAUGGCGUGCUGAGAAGUAUGGACAAUGAUUACCUCCGGCUGAUGAAGAAGUUGCAUGCUCCACAAAGCGCUAGCGAGACUGCAGGCUUGGAGGGAGAAGGAGACGAGGAUGACUUGAAGUAA